UACUUAUUUAAGUUGUCUAAGGAACUUGAAUUCAACAUUCUUUAUCUUAUAGACUUAUAUAUUAAUAUAUAUAUCUCUACACACACACACACAGAGAAACACAUACAUUAUUGAGAAGUAAGAGAGCACAAACUAGAAGGUAGGAAGCAAACACGGGAAGGAAGACGUUUUUGAGAGAGAUGUAUGUGACCAGGCCUCUUUCUCACUACUUGAAGUUUCCCGAUUCUCUUUCAUUACCACCUGAGGGUCCAAAUUCUGGCUAUUUAGUUCUUCAAGAUGAAGAGUCCGAGACCACUCGUUGUUUCGGAUUGUGCAAGGACCGUGACCUCCAAGGCCUGCCAUUUCCUCAGAACAAAUACCUAACGAUUCGCUACUCAUCAGGUGGAGGUGAGAACAGACAUGUUUCUUAUAAUGAAGUUGCCUUCAUUCCGGUUCUUAAUCAGCCAUUGUCUUCCAACCGCUAUUAUGCAAUAAAGCCGCAUGGGAAGCAUAAAGGAGAAGCAUAUGCUAGUUCAACUGAGGAAGACAAGGCUACCUGCUGUUUCUGCAGAUGUGUUCGAGAUGUAAAGCCAAGGCCAUUAAAUCCCAAUGACACGCAUCAGCAAUUUGAGAUUUUUCUUUACCCACAACUAUGCAAAGCUGGGGGUAAUUUCUAUGCAAAAUCUGUUGCACCAGAUGGGUAUCCUCCAUACUUCAUGAGGAGAAAAGGGUGGGAAAUUUAUACCAAAACACCCAAAAAUUAUGAAUUGGGUGAAGCUCCAGGUCUUGACACUGCUCUUCGUGCUCGCCUUCCAGAAUUCCACUUUCCGUUAGCAUGUAAAAUUUCUGAAGCUGUCACCAUUGGCAAGUGGUAUUGUCCGUUUAUGUUUGUCAAAGAGGGAACUUUGAAAGAGCAGAUGAAAAAAUCAAUGUUCUACGAGAUGACACUCGAGCAAACAUGGGAGCAGAUUUUUGCAUUGGAGAACAAUUAUAGCGAAGGAAAUACUGUUUCUGUGGAUGCUGUUGUUCAGAAAGAAGUUGCCUUAGUUGCUCAAAGGGAAGCUGUUUGGGAUGAGAGAAAAGUGGUUGAUGGGGCAAUAUGGUUUACAGGUUCUGGUAGUGUAGGAGAAGAUUUAAAAGUGGGCUUGAGUUUACCAAUUGUUGAGAGGAUGAAAUGGGAGCAAGAAAGAGCUGGGUGGAUCGGUGGGGAAGAAAGGCAAAUGAGGGUGAAGAGAGUAGAAGAGUUUGGAGGGAAUGGUGGGUGGAGAAGAUUUGGUUGCUAUGUAUUGGUUGAGAAGUUUGUGUUGAAAAGAAUGGAUGGGAGUGUUGUCAUGACCUACUCUUUCAAUCACACACAUCAGAUUAAGAGCAAAUGGGAAUGAGAUUAUGUACUAUUUCUUUUGAAACAAUCAGAAAAAUCCGAUUUUUCUUUUUAUUGUGUAAUUUGUAUUAUAUGUUCAUGUUUCUAUUCUGUGCGAGUAAUAAAAACAAGCAUUCAUACCUUCGGCCUAAA